UUAAUACCAUCGAAUAUAGAUUUGCGAGUGAAUGAUGCGAAUCCAUUCAGAUAAUCGUUUAGCGCGUCACGAGGUCGAUAUUCCCGUGACAAGCGGGUUGUUUACAGCAGGUGCACAACGCUGCCGCAUACGGCUGCCUACCGGGCUGUAAGAUCUCGGACGCGUCAGAGCACGGGGUGAGAGCGAUCCGUUCGCGAAGGUUGCGCCCGUGACCGCGCCCGCCGACCGCCGCGCCCGCAGUACCGUGCCGCGCUCGCUCCUCCUCGCACCUCCCAGCCCGAGGACCGCCAGACCAGUGUAGUGAUGUGCCCUUGCUGAUGAUGUGUGGCCGCCAGUGUGUGACAGUGCGCGCGAACCGCGCGAGGCCCCGGCCCAAGAGACCGUAGCCCGACAUGUGGACCUUGCUGGUGCCGCUGCUGGCCCUGGUCGCUUCCGGCGGUGGGGCCACCUUCGGAGCCAACAAAGCCCUGCUCGACUGUGCAAGCCAGAUCCUGUACCUGGAGCAGCAAACGUACGACAUACCUUCAGACUAUAAUAGAAACAUUCCACCUGGAAAGAACACAACCGUGUUCAUAGGGCUCAAUGUCAACCGUGUUUCGGGAGUGGAUGAGAAUAAGGAGUUUCUAUUUCCCAAGGAGAUAACACUGGACGUGUUUCUACAAGUGUCCUGGAAGGACCCCCGGCUAAAGGUGGGCCUGGAGUCCAUCGACCUGCCAUGGGAGUUCCGCCAGCUCAUCUGGACGCCGGACCUGUACAUCUGGCAGCUGCAGACCAUGCGGAUCCUCUCCGUGCUGCAGGAGAUGGCCUCGCUCAGGCUUUAUAAGAAUAGCACCGUCUCAGUCAGUAUUGGCGCGACGAUAACAAUAAAAUGCGAGAUGGACUUCGUGUUGUACCCUUUAGACGUGCAAACCUGCAACAUUGAUUUUAGUAGCUACAAAUACACAUCGGAGUACGUGAGAUUCGAGUGGCGGGAAGUGCCUCCGUGGCUGGGCUGGCGGCUGGCCGGCGGGCAGCGCAACCAGUUCCGCCUGCCCAAAUACGUAGUCAGCUUCACUACGGACAAAAGUAAACGUAUUGCCAAAUAUGGUGAAGGCGAGCAUUCGGCAGCGCGGCUACAGAUGACGCUGUCACGUGAGCUGCGGGGGUAUCUCCUGGAGAGCUAUCUGCCCUCAUCGCUGUUCGUCAUCAUUUCGUGGGGCAGCUUCUGUGUCAUCCCCGAGAUCGUGCCCGGGCGCAUGGUGCUGCUUGUGACCACCCUGCUGUCGCUCGUCACCAUGUUCGACACAGUCAGUACAAACUCGCCCGACGCGCUCGAGCUGAAGUGUAUAGAGGUGUGGCUGAUCUCGUGCACGAUAUUCGUGUUCCUGGCGUUGCUCGAGUACUUCGUGGUCCUCUUCGGCAUCCGCUACGACAAGAGCUGGUGUCGCCGCCGAGCGGACAUGCGCCGCGCCGCCUCCGCCGCGCAACUAGCUCCACCCCCUUUACACGUCAACCAUUCUCAGAGGUUGAGUUGCACUCCCGUGACAGGCACCCCACAGGGCAGAGUGUUCUCGCCGACCCUCAGUGUGGAGGACGAGGGGCUCAAGCAGCAGCUCGACCAUCAGACCAUUUCGAGGGACUCGCCGCCGAUGAUGGAGACGAUGGGCGGGCGCGCCGCGCAGGGUGCGCUGGCGCGGGUGGGCGCGUGCAUCGACAAGGGCAUCAUGUUCUGCGGCGCGCAGCACGGAACGCUCGACCGGUUCGCGCUCAUUCUCUUCCCCUGCUGCUUCGUGCUCUUCACUAUCAUAUACUGGACCACGUACCUAAGUGAAGUGCACCGGUACAAGUGAAAGUGUCAAACGAUUUACGUUCACAUUGAAUGUGAAAAGUGCCUGUGCGAGACGUUGUGUGUUAAUUGUAAAUAUUGUUAGACAAAUGCUAGUCGAUUAUACAACGUUAGUUAUACUACUUGCGAUCUACGUAAGUUAGGUUAAUUUUACAACGAAAUAAAAAUAAUUAGAAUAUCUUCAAGUGUUCCGUAAUAGUAUAAAAUACUUAGGUUAAUUUGAUAUAGUUAUAUCUCGCUAUUUCUUACGUACUUAAUGUACCUAUGCUUGACGACGCUGUAGGACAAUAUUUAAAUGUAUAUGGUUACGAUAUUGAGAACAAAGAUGACUCCUACAUUUAUAAAUGUACAUAUCCUAUUUAGGUAUCGUCACAGAC